UCAACGCAUAUCAGUUUGAGUAAACUAACUAACCUGAUUAUUUUUCAUUCAAUUAUAAAGGGACUCUGUUGAAACGAGCGGACAAGUUUUUGAGGAUCCAAGAUAACAGCAGGAGAAUUUCACGAUUUGUCGUUGACCUGGGCAUAAGCGAUGAUUGCCUGCAAUGUUAUAGGACUUUUGAUUCUUCUUACGCACGUAUACGACACCGCUGAGUAUCUUUCAAAACCUCGAAAUGUCUCUUCACCUCAGUACAAGACGAAAGACGAAAGAUCGAAGGAUUACAACAUCCAACUAAAAGGAUCGGAUUGUUCUGAGAUCAGAGUGACUUAUUCAGGUCACAAAAAGAUACACGCCAACGAUGAUUUAACCAUUCUACCAACCAUUAGUAGGACAGGCCGGUUUCUCCUUGACAGCAUUCCCAACGUUGGCUGUGACUUCGAGUUGAACUCGAUGUGUUCAUGGCGCAAUGUGCAAAAUCACGAUGACUUUGACUGGGUUCUGUAUCAAUCGUCAACACCCACGGACGACACUGGUCCCGACACGGAUCAUACUCUGAGAAACGAGUCUGGAAAGUACAUUUUCACAGAAUCCAGCGCGCCACGAGCUGUUUUUGAUUUUGCAUGGAUCCAAAGUCCUCAAGUGGAUGCGGUCGGUGCAGUCCACUGUUUCCAGUUUUGGUAUCACAUGUUUGGAACAUCAAUCGGGACAUUACGAGUUUACCAAAGAUUUCCCGACAUCUUGCCAGGACGAUUGGUGUGGUCUCUGUCUGGUGAACAAGGUGCCAAGUGGUUUCAUGGACAGGUGCCUUUGGAGUCGAAUCAGCCUUAUACUGUAUUAUUCGAAGGGGUGAUUGGAAAAGGCUACACUGGAGAUAUCGCUGUGGAUGACGUCAGUUUGUCACUUGGGUACUGCGACCCGCGGCCUGCUGCUGCCUCCAGGAAUGACUUGGAGAACACAACAACUACAACAACUACUAGAACAACCACAACAAUUACACUCCCCACAACGACUACCACUCAAACAACUAAACCGAACGCCACCACCACCACGGCAACCAAAACGCCAGGUCUUACAACAACAGGUGUUACUGCUAUCAAUCCUGACCAAGGCGGAAAUGCCAAUCCAUCUCAGCACGCCGUGGGACCAUCAGAUUGUUUCUACAACAGUAUGGAGUAUAUGGGAGCUUACCGGCACACCUACACAAAUAAACGCUGUAUCAAAUGGGAGGACAUUGGUCGCCCCUUGGGCACAUUCCCCGAUGUGAAUAUUACAUACGCGGAGAACAAAUGUAGGGACCCGAAUGGAGUGCGUGGUCAUCCUUGGUGCUAUGUUGCUCCAGACAAGUGGGAAUUUUGCCCUGUGCCUUUUUGUCAAGAGUGCUACUAUAGCGACAGAAGCCAUCAGUACAACGGGCACGUGAGCACAGCAGAAGGCGGGGGAAAAUGCGAAACGUGGGCAUCGCUGUUGGCGGGAAAUCCGUCUCUAAAGCCCGAAAUGUUCCCGGAUUACAACGUUUCAGCAGCCAAUAAUUACUGCAGGGACCCGUAUAAAACAGGGCGCCCACAGUGUGUAGUUGGAGCGCACAGGACGAAUUGUAGUAUACCGAUUUGCAAUGGUCCAUGCCAGGACCGCAACACCGACGUCGAUUGUAGCCUUGUCCGCUCUUUCGUCUGCCCCGGUGACUACCUGUCCUUGACCCAAUGUGCUAAGACAUGUGAACACUGCAAUGUCGGAGUAUUACCAAAUGUAGCAAAAGAACCACCUGCAGUUGUUUGCGAAGACAACCCGUUGGCUAGCUGUUCCUUGCUGAGUUCUCUCGUCUGCCAGAAUGAAACUGCCGCCAUUAACCUUUGUCCGAAAACAUGCGACGUUUGCGGCAAACUGUACGCCAUAAGCACCACCACAUAUCUCGUUACCAUGACAUCACAACAAACUACAGCUCUAAUGACGUCAAAGACAACAACAACAAAUAUGCCAACAUCAACAACAACCCUUACCACUUCAUCGACGACGACAACAACAACAACCACAAUACCGAAUACAACAACCACAACCCGUACGUCCACGACAUCUACGACAACAACAAUAACCACUCCUCAUUGGUUGGAGUGGGGACCAUGGAAUUGCACGUUUCUUGGCAAUAAUUGCUUCCAAACUCGAAACAGGAAUUAUUCCUCCCUCGGCAACGAGGGUCCCGAACGGAAUGAAGUACAGUCUUGCAACGUAAAUGAUUGCCCAGUUCCAUGUGAAGACACGAUCAACUGCGCCGCGCUCAGUGAAUUAAAUCCCUGCAAAACAGGCCUGGGUCCUAAAGUAUGCCCAAAGACGUGCGGUCUAUGUGAAUCAGGAUGUUUCGACCUAUUGAAUUGCUCCUCGGAAGGAGCGCAAGCCUUCUUCUGUCAUAAUGAGGAAGACGCAAUAAAAUACUGCAGAAAGACGUGCAGGAAAUGCGACAGAUAUCCAAAGCCCGUUACCCUGAAUCAGUGCAUGGAUCCCGUUGCUUCCCCGUCAGUCUGUUACACACUUCACAAAGAAAUGUGUAUAUGCGACGACGAGUCAAUUAAAUCAAUUUGCGAAGGCUAUUGUGAUGGGGCGUGUGGAGGAACGAUAAGAAGAAAUGAUACGAACAGUGGAUGUCAUCUUUCAGACCAGCGGAAAAGACGUGAACUGUUGACGAGGCUUAUUCAUUGAAGAAUGCGUCAGUGAUUUUGAUAUCGUGUUACAACAUGGGAACACAUUGAAAUAUCGUGUACACAUAUCUAUAAAGUGUUAAGGUUG